AUGGCCCGGGCCGGUGGGGCGGCGGCGGCGGCGGCGGCGGCGGCGGCGGGGCGGCGGCAGCGAGCCGGGCUGCUGCUGCUCAUGGUGCUGCUGCCCGAGCCGGGCGGCCGGGGCCGGGCCGGGGGGCGGCGGAGGCGGCGGGGAGAGGGCGGUGAUGGCGUUGCGGGGACCCCCGGGCCGCCCCCCGGCCGCCCGCUGCUGCUGCUGCUGCCGCUGCCGCCGCCGCUGCCUCCGCCCCCCCGCGCCGCCGCCGCCGCCGCCCGCCCGGAGGCGCUGCCCCGCGGCGGGGUCCCCAUGAAGGAGGAGCCGCUGAGCGCGGGGCUCCCCGCCGGCCGCUGGCUGCAGGGGGGCACCGGCAUCCUGGACGCCAGCACGGCGGCGCAGAGCGGGGUGUCGCUGGCCCGCGCUCACUUCGAGAAGCAGCCCCCGGCCAACCUGCGCAAGUCCAACUUCUUCCACUUCGUGCUGGCCAUGUACGACCGCCAGGGCCAGCCCGUGGAGGUGGAGCGCACCUGCUUCAUCGACUUCGUGGAGAAGGAGCGGGAGCAGAACGGGGAGAAAACCAACAACGGGAUCCAUUACCGGCUGCAGCUGCUCUACAGCAACGGGCUGCGGACCGAGCAGGAUUUGUACGUCCGCCUCAUUGACUCCAUGUCCAAGCAGGCCAUCAUUUACGAGGGGCAGGACAAGAACCCCGAGAUGUGCCGGGUGCUGCUGACGCACGAGAUCAUGUGCAGCCGCUGCUGUGACAAGAAGAGCUGCGGGAACCGCAACGAGACCCCCUCGGACCCCGUCAUCAUCGACAGGUUUUUCCUCAAGUUUUUCCUCAAGUGCAACCAGAACUGCCUGAAAAACGCCGGGAACCCGCGGGACAUGCGGCGCUUCCAGGUGGUGGUGUCCACCACGGUGCACGUGGACGGCCACGUCCUGGCCGUGUCCGACAACAUGUUCGUGCACAACAACUCCAAGCACGGCCGGCGCGCCCGGCGCCUCGACCCCUCCGAAGCAGCCACCCCCUGCAUCAAGGCCAUCAGCCCCAGCGAGGGCUGGACCACGGGCGGUGCCACCGUCAUUGUCAUCGGGGACAACUUCUUCGAUGGCCUGCAGGUGCUCUUUGGCACCGUGCUGGUGUGGAGCGAGCUCAUCACCCCCCACGCCAUCCGCGUGCAGACGCCCCCCCGGCACAUCCCGGGGGUCGUGGAGGUGACAUUGUCCUACAAGGCCAAGCACUUCUGCAAGGGCGCCCCGGGACGCUUCGUCUACACCGCCCUGAACGAGCCCACCAUCGAUUACGGGUUCCAGCGGCUGCAGAAGGUGAUCCCGCGGCACCCCGGGGACCCUGAGCGCCUGCCCAAGGAGGUGCUGCUGAAGCGCGCAGCCGACCUGGUGGAGGCGCUCUAUGGGGUCCCCCACAGCAACCAGGACGUGCUGCUGAAGCGGGCGGCCGACGUGGCUGAGGCGCUCUACAGUGUCCCCAGGGCCCCCGCGCAUGUCACUGUCCCCUCCUUCGGCGGGGGACAGCUUGGCCUCGCCAUGGGCGACUCCCCGCAGAGCUCCGAACAAGGGUUCUCGCGCAGCCCCGGGACGCCCCCGGCGCGGGGGUUCGGCCCCCCGGGCUCGGCCCCCCAGCCCGGCUUUGCCGGGGCCACCGGCGGCUUCGGCGGGGCCACCAUGGCCGGCCUGGGCGUGCCCGGGUCCCCCCCGAGCUUCCUGAACGGCUCCACCGCCACCUCCCCCUACGCCAUCCUGCCUGCCAGUCCCCCUCUGGGCUCCUCAUCCGUCGCUGUCACCUCGGGCGGGGGCACUGCCACCUCUCCGGGUGGCUUCUCCUUCUCCCCGGUGACGAUGAUCUCGGCCGUGAAGCAGAAGAGCGCCUUCGCCCCCGUGCUGCGCCCGCCGGGGUCCCCCCCGCCCGCCUGCGCCAGCACCCUGCAAGACCCAGCUUUCGAGGACUCGGACAAAUUCCACGCUCCGGCGCGGCCGCUCCAGGGAUUGGCCUAUUCCUAAGGAUGGCGUCUCCGGAGGGGCUCCGGAUCCCCCAUCCCGCCGGGACAAGGACUGGGAACAUCCCUGUCCCCUCCCCUUGGAGCUGGGCGGAGCCGCCAGGCCCAGAGGGAUGAGGGGACCCGGCCCCCCGAUGUCCCCACCCCGGGUGGCCCCGGCCUGCCCCAGCUGAGAGGGGACUUGGGGAAAUCCUGGAAUGAGCCAAAAUUCCUGGGUUUGGCCUCGGGAAGAGGCGGAGAGAGCUGAGAAUGGGGCAGAGGAGGGAGAGGGGUGGAGGCGCCGGGAUGGGCGGGAGGGGUGGUCCAGAAUGGGAAGGAUGAUCCAGAAAAGGAUGGAUGAUCCAAAGUGGGAUGGAUGUUCCAAUGGGGAAUGGAUGCUCUGGAAAAGGAUGGAUGAUCCAAGGUGGGAUGGAUUCUCUGUGUUGAGAUGGAUGCUCCAGGUUGGGAUGCAUGAUCCAAGGCAGGAUGGAUGAUCCAGGUGGGAUGGAUGUUCCAACAUAGGAUGGAUACUCCAGAAAAGGAUGCUCCAGGUGGGAUGGAAGCUUAAGGAUGGGUUGGAUGUUCCAAGGUGGGAUGGAUGAUCCAAAGUGAGGUGGAUGAUCCAGGAUGGGAUGGAUACCCCAGGAUGGAAGGGAUGUUCCAGGUGGGAUGGAUGAUCCUAGUGGAAUAGAUGUUCUAAUGAUGGGUGGAUGCUCCAGAAAAGGAUAAUCCAAGGUGGGAUGGAUGCUUCAGGUUUGAAGGGAUGUUCUAGGUGGGAUGGAAAGUCCAAGGUGGGAUGGAAGCUCUGGAAAAAGAUGGAUGAUCCAAAGUGGGAUGGAUGCCCUGGAAUAGGGUGGAUAUUGAGGAUUAGAGGGAUGAUCCAAGAGAAGAUGGAUGCUCCUGGGCAGGGGGGAUGGUCUGGAGUGGGAUGGAUGGAUGGAUGGAUGGAUGGAUGGAUGGAUGGAUGGAUGGAUGGAUCCUCCAAGCCAGGAGGGCUGAUGUGGGACAGGAUGGACGCUCCCAGGACAGAUGGAUGCUCCAAGGUGGGAUGGAUGCUCCGGGUGGGAAUAUCCUGGAUCCCCCAGGACGGGAUGGAUGCUCCGGUGGGACCUGGCUCCUCCUGCCUUUCCCUGCUCUCUCCCCACUCCAAUCCAGAGCCUCACCCACAAUUCCAGAAUCCGAUCCUGGAUCUCUGCCUGUCCAGGAUCAGGAUCCUGAUGCCACCUGGGGCAUGGGGACACCGCUGUCCCCUGCCAUUAAUUAUUGCCAUUACUAUCGAUAUUAAUUACCAGAACUGUUUUGACCACGGGGAGGGGGGAGGUCCCUG